AUGUAUUUUUCCAGGUCGGGCUUCCAUCAAUGUCCAUAUGAGCAUACUUUAUUUAUCAAAUCUGGAACUACUAGUGAGCUGCUAAUUGUGUGUUUAUAUGUGGACAAUUUAAUCUACACUGCAAAUAAUAGUGCUAUGUUUGAUGAUUUUAAACAAUCAAUGAUGAUUGAAUUUGAUAUGUCUGAUCUUGGAUUGAUACACUACUUUCUUGGCAUUGAGGUAGCACAAACUUUUGCUGGAAUUUUUAUUUCACAAAAGAAAUAUGUUAGAGAAAUUCUGGACAAGUUUCAAAUGGCGAAUUGUAAUUUUGUUGGUACACCAAUUGAACUUGGUCUGAAGUUAAUCAAGGAUCAUGAAGGAAAGAAAGUUGACAUCACUGUAUACAAACAAAUCAUUGAGAGUCUUAUGUAUUUGAUUACGACCAGGCCAGACAUUAUGCAUGCAGUUAGUUUUAUCAGUAGAUACAUGGAAAAUCUUACGCAAAUGCAUCUCCUAGUAACCAAAAGAAUUUUCAGAUACUUGGUUGGGACCAUUAAUUUUGGUAUUCUUUACAGAAAGGAAGGAAAUUUUGGAUUAUUUGGCUUCAUUGAUAGUGACUAUGUAAGUGAUCCAUAUGAUAGAAGAAGCACCUCAGUUUAUGUCUUUAUAAUGAGAUCAGGUGUUGUUUCUGGUCAUCAAAGAAGCAACAAAUUGUUACUUUGUCCACUACCGAAGCUAAGUUCGUUACUACUGCAUCAAGUGCAUGUCACGCAAUCUGGUUGA